AUGAUUAGAUUACAUCGUAUAAGUAUAUAUUCAUUCUUUACAAAAUCUGCUACACCAAAAGACGAAACGCUGGAUGACCUUCCACAGGGGAAUUUUUCCUUGAAUUCAUUUGAGAAACCUCUGAACCUUGGUAAGCCUUCGACAGAUUCAAGAGACUCAUUUGCGCGUACACCUUUGCAUGGCUUUCCAACCAAACAAACAAAACCACUGGAGUUUACGCCUCUUCUGAAUUCAGCUAGACAAAGCUCUUCCUAUCAAAGAUCGCAUUCAGAUGAGAAAAGUCCGUAUCAUCGAGACUUAACAAUUCUGUCUCCCGUAUCGGAAAAAGCAUCGCAAGAAGGCUUUAGUAUUGAUCAAAAAAGUGAUGCUUAUGACAUUUCAAAAUUAGAUGAGAGCUCGUUUUUAUCAAAUGCCGAACGCACAAACGAUGAGCUACCCGCAAACGCAGCGCUCACAUUACGAGAGCAGGAAAAGAUUCUAGAGAAUGUCGGCAGAGAGAAUUUUGGGUUACGUGUUAAGAUUGCUUACCUCAAUAAGCGUCUUGAUUCUAUGGCACCAGAACAGAUUCGUGACGCCGUAAACGACAAUGUAGAUCUUCAUGUGGAAAGAACGAAACUGCUUCUACAACUAAAGAAGAGUGAGCAGCUUCUUACAAAAUCGCACUCGGAAAACGAGGAUCUUGUCAAAAAGAUUCAAUUUCUUGAAAAUGUUAACAGCGUCGAACAAUCCCAGAAUGUAAAGGUAUUUAUGGAAAGAAUCCGAUCCCUUGAAGCAGAGUGCUCUCAUCUAAAAGCCCAGCAAGCAAAGUCUUCCCCAAGUCCAAAUGAGAAUGAAAAUCAAAUGAACAUGGAAUAUGACAUGAGAAGACUUGAAGAUCGAUAUGACGAAAUCAAUGAAGAGCUCAAUGUUGCUCAGGAUGUGCUAAAUGAAAAGGAUGCAGAAAUAUUUUCGCUAAAAAAGCAACUGGAGAAUAUUCCCUCUGCAAAUCAUUCAGAAACUAAAGAAAAUAGUUUUCAUAUACAAUUACUAGAUGACUUUGAAACUCUCGAGAAGAAAUUUAACGAUCUGGAAGAUGAAUUAGCCCAUGUGAAGGAUGAGCUUCAGCAAAAGAAUAAUGAGCUAGAUCGUACUCAAGAUAUCUCAGAGGCUCAAAUGCUAAGAGAAAAGCUACAAGAAACGGAGCUUCAUAUCAAAUACCUUAAUAAUCAAAUCCAUGGCUUUGAAGGCCUGAAUAACGAGUUAGAAGAGCUUUCUAAUCAUAUAGAACACAUGGAGAAUGAAAAAAAUAGUCUACUAAUGAGGAUAGAGUCACUAGAAAGCACCAACGGUGAUUUGCGAGAGAUGACAGCUUCAUUAGGAAACCAGGUUGAGUCCUUCCGGAGUAAAAACAUGUCUCUGGAGGAAAAAAAUAAAAUGCUUGAGUUAAUGGCUCAAUCUAAUGAUACAGAAGAGGUUUUGCAGGAACUGAAUAUCAGACUAGAAACGAUAACGACUGAAAUGGCUGAUUUACGCACUAGGUACGAAUUGAAUUUAGCAGAUUUAGAGUCUCUAAAAAAAGAUAAGAUGUAUUUGCAAUCCGAGAAUGAUAGACUUCGAAUGGAUGUUGAGAUUACCAUCAGUCAAUUGAACCAGGAUGUUGAACACGAAAAGGCAAAGUCUUCUCAGUUGUUAGAGAAAUUAACGAGAACUCAAAAUUCUUUGGAAGAAAGAAAUGAAUCUCUUGAAACUGCUCUGCAAUUAAAGGAAAAAAAUAUCUUUCUAUUUGAAGAGCAAAUGCGCAACUUACGUGCUUCUGAGCAAGAACUAUUGACAAAGUUACAUAGUGGUCAGGAAACAAUCUCUAAUUUAAGAAACAGUUUGAAUAAGUGCGAACUUGAAAAAGAGGAACUAAGCCAAAAGUUACGUGAGAGAAUGAGUACAUCUCCUUCUAGAAGCAGUAAUCUUGUCGAUAAUUUAAAUGAUGAAUUGAGUGUUAUUCGAAGAGAAAUAUCUGAUAUUAAAGACGAGUUAGAGUUGAGCGAACAGGACCGUGAAGAAGCGUUAGCUGCCCAGGCAAAGUUGUCAUCACAAGUCGAUCAAUUAAGUAAUGAGAAACAGAAUAUGUUGUCCGAUUAUACAAAGCUAAAAGAUGAGCUUCUUCAGACACGAGAUCUACUUUACAAAAAGGACCUUGAAGUGACAGAUUUAAACCUUAAGCUUUCGGAGAAAAGAAAUAUUAUAACAAAUAAGGAGGAAUCUGAAAGACAAAGGAAAAAAAUCGAAUCAUUUACUGAAGAUUAUCGACGCCUUGAAGCUGAUAAAUUAAAUCUAGAAAAAGUGGUAUAUCAAUUAAGCACAGCCAUGCAGGAGUCUGAAGAUGAUGAAAACUCAUUCAAAGAAAGGCUUUGUGCUUUUCUUUUAGAAAGACCAUCUACAACAAGUUUCAGGGAAGUUAUAAACCAAAUUGAGUACUUAAUAAGGAACCAAAAGCAGAAAAUUCAGGAGUUAGAGUCGGAAAUAGACAAGCUAACUUAUGAAAAUUUGAACGGCCAAUUUAAGGAAAAUUUUGGAAUAUCCGAAGCUGGAAAGUCCGCUCUUUCACCUAUCGAUAAACAUGGAGUUCAAAAAAUGCUGGAAGAAUAUCGUGAGCGGCUUCAUAAAGAAAUAGAAGCUAAGCAUUCUCUAAGAAAAGAGUUGCAGACUCUAAUAAAAGACAGCAAAUCAUAUAUCGAGAAGGCGAAACUGCUUGAAAAAGAAAAGAGCUAUUUAGAGUCAGAAUUAAGAAAAGCUAGGUAUUCUAAUGGCAACUUUGACGGAACACAUGAUGAAGAAAAAAGGCUGUUAUACCAAAGAGUGAAAGAUUUAGAAAGGGAUGAACGGAUUCAUGCCCAACGCUGGAUGGAAAAAGAAAACAUACCAUCUCCUAAUGCUACAAAGAAUGACCGGCAAACACUCGACUCCCUAAAAGAUGCCCUUUGGUCAAAGACUAUAAAGAUGGAGCAACUUAAGUCGUCGUAUGAAAAUCUGAGAGUAGAGUACAACAUUUUGCUUAAAAAUAAGAAAACAGAAGAUCCGAGGUACUUCAAUGAGAUUGAUAAGCUUUCAAUCGGAUCACAGACUAUACGGACAAGACAUACUUCAGAAGUACGAGGGUUGAUAAAAAUGACACAAUUUUUACAGUCUAAAUUUCAGAGAGAACAUACUCUUCGACUUGAUUUAGCUUUCUCCAAAAAGUUUAUUUUAUUGCAGCUAACUGGCUAUGAAACGUGCAACAAGCUCAAUUUACGUUUGCUGCAAAAGAUCGGCAUCACGCCCGAUAAUGCAGUCAGAAAGAAGAAGCUGAGCUUCAAGAGUGUUACCAUACUGAUUUGUUCCAUACAACGAAUGAAACGAAUGAGAAGCGAGUGGCAGAAGCAAUUGGAAGUAAGGCAAUAUCUUCAAAAAGCAGCUGAAAAGGCACGUUUGGAAGCUAAGAAAACUAAUAUCUAA